AUGAAAUGCCAUUAUCGUGAAAUACGUUUAUCUCGCGUUCGUUCUAGACCUAUAAAUAAACAUACCAUCUACAGGAAACAAGCGACAAUCACUUCCGGUUGGGCUUCGAUGAGCGAAGAAGUCGCACGGACGCGUUCCACUACUCCAACAGAUGUGCCUGGGCCCCGUGCCCGGGAAUUUACACUCGACUUACCUCGCAUCCCCUCUAUUGAAUUCCCGCUAAAGGUAUCCCAGUCACAGGAGAGCAUUGAAAAGGUUAUAAACAUGUGUGGAGGGUUACCAAAGGUCCGGCGAGCGCUAGCCGCACACAGUGACUCUAGCCACGACCUCGAACUACGCCUGAACGAUGGCUCUGAGGAGGACGGUAGACCGCAGUUUUUCAACGAGCACCCCAUCAUAGGCAAGAGGGUGCAGCAACGCGAUGAAGCCAUUGUCCUCAAAAUAAGUAUGCCUCGGGGAACCAUGGAACGCAAUGACGGAGACGUACGCAAAGCACUUGCGUCUCUCCCCGCGUCUAAGGUGAAGGCGGUGCCGGUGGCGAUCCUUCACAAUACUGUAAGAUUUCGCGAGAUGUCCGAUUUUCAAGUCAGACUGGAUAACAAUCCAUCGGCCAAAGAGUUCAACGACAGCUUCGGGACGUUAAAUUGGGAAAAGUUCAAGAAGUUCGUCGAAACGAUCCCAGAUUACGACGACAAGCCCUUUGAAAACAUCGGCAAGGUUGUGUUUGAUAGGGCCUCUGUGUGUCCCAGCUCGGAUUUCCAGCUACCACCAAUUCCCCGUUUCUCGAUGGUAGGGCUACCGUUCAUAUACAAAUACAGGAGCAAUCCUUAUGCCACGAAGACCGCUUCUGGAGAAUCCAAGGUUGUGGGCACAUAUAUCAAAAACUAUCAACAGUUCGUGCAUGAUUUUUCCCCCAGCGUCUCGGUUCCGUUGACACCCCAUCCGGAGUUGGUCAAGCAAUAUGAACUCGCAAAGAAGACGAAGGUCUACCCAGGAAGUAAGUCAGACUCCAAGUUUUAUGAAAAACUGGAACAAUGCCUGCCAAUCUUGACAGAACUCUUCAAUAGGCGUCAUGUGUGGAUUAAGCGGCAUAUCGAUGGUAUCAUACCACAGGACCUACACGUUGUCUUGAAGAUUGCCCUGUCUCUAGUUUCCUACCGGUUCACAAAAGGUCCGUGGCGGAAUACUUACAUUAAACUUGGCGUCGAUCCACGCUCGUCAAACGAGUAUGCGAAAUACCAGACGGAAUAUUUUAAAAUUGAGCGCAGGCUUCUGCGCAAUACAGCUGUCCGGAAGAAUGUGCCUGACCCACCUGAGAGAUUUUACCGGACUAAUACUCCGAAUGACAUAGACAGCAGAUUUAGGUUUGAUGGGAAGCAGAUUCCAUGGUAUCUUAUGCUCCAGAUAGACCUACUAACUGAUGAACCAAAUAUUAAGGAGGUUUUCCAAAAUGCAGUUUACUUGGAUACGCCCAAAGAGCUCACCGGUUGGUUCAGCGAGUUGGACUUAACGAAGAUCCGCAAAAUUGUCAAGUACGAGCUAGGCUGUAUGGUACAAGGCAAUUAUGAGUUCAACGAGCACAAACUGAAGUAUUUCAAAGUUAUGCUCUACGUCAAAGAAACCCUUUCAAGUAAGGACGGAGAUGGUGAUGUGCACAUGACCGACGAAAAGGAGGACGCUGAAGACGAGGACGAAGAUAAUGGCGUCGAAACGGGCGAACUAGAUGAGACUGUGCUACAAGCGGAUGAGGAGGAUGAAGACGAAAUUCCCAUGCACAGGGCGCUCACUCAGCCGGAGGGAAGUGAGGACUCUGACGAAUUCAGUAUAAAGACCGCAAGUUUCAAGGAAAUCGUAGAAAGGAUCGCCAGAAGCGACCCAGAAACAGCGGAUUACCUGGCAAAGGACCUCGAUGGCUUCGUGCUGGAGACGCAGAUAUGA